AUGUCAGCGUGCGCCAUGACGCAACAUUCUUCAUCCCAGCAACGCGUGGGCCAGUCUGCGGCGGAAACGAGCACGGACUAUUCGGCCACGUGUGCCCUCGCAGAGGCGACAUUGCCUCCGCCGACUGUCACUCGGAGCUUUGGUCGUUCGAUGGAGCCAGGUGCAUCGCUCCGGCCAGAUGCUCAGUGUCUCAAGAUCUCAAGAGCGACGUGGGCGUGCGUGUUCCCUGCUCAGCCGCGGUUUUCGAGGGUAACCAACGGUCUUGGAGCGGCGGCAGUACCCAUCGAAUCUGGCGUAACACUAACAAGAAGAGCUCUGCGCCAGCGCGGAGACAACGUCGGCAAAGGAGAUAAUCACAAGUUGAAGGACCAGGCGAUGCCGCCCGUUGUGAUCGCACAAACAGUGUAG